AUGCAAACUCACCAGCAGCCCUUCCGCCGUCUCCCCUCCGGCGCCUUCCUCUUUCCCGCGCUUUCCCCAUUACCGUUCACCCACUCUCUUUAUUUUCCCUACGCACCCAAUAAUUAUAAUCACAAUCAUAAUACUCCGCAUUCGCUCUGUUGCUCUGCCCACAAAUCAUCGCCCUGGCUGGCCCACCUCUCCGAUCAUCUCGCCGCCGCCCAGCCGGCGGUGGGACCCAUAGGGCUCCGUCCGUCGAUUUCCUCUCUUCUUGCCGCCGAUGACUCGGGAGCUCUCCAAACCGCCGCCAGCGUCCUCCUCACCGGCGCCCUCGCUCUCUUUCUAUUCCGCUCCCUCCGCCGCCGGGCCAAGCAUGCCAAGCAAAUGAGAUUUAGGGCAACGGGGGCAAACGAGAAUUUGAAUAUGACAUCGAAGCCAUCGGGUAAAAAAACGAAGGCCCUGCCCUCACCUGAUGAGGCACUUCUUGGAGCAGUAAUAGCUGCUAUGUUUGGAGUGCUUCUUUACAAGUUCACCACAACUAUCGAGUUCAGUCUCAACAACCAAAAGCUUUCGAAUAACUACUCGGUCCGCCAGAUCACGAUAACCAUAAGGACAAUCAUAAACGGGUUGUGCUAUCUUGCUACAUUUGUGUUCGGCUUCAACUCUCUCGGGUUAUUCCUAUAUUCGGGUCAGCUUGCCCCCAACUCCCUUGUUGAAGAAGGCCCUAGUGGUCGUGAAGUUAAGGUGCCACUAAACACAUCGCGCAUGAAAGACAUGAACAAUUCCGAUACCACCGAAUCAGGUGAGGAGCAAACUUCGGAUAAAACAGUAGAGCAUAAAAAUGAAGAAUACAAGUGA